AUGUCUUCCUCCAAGAGAAUCAUCGACACCCUUCCUGAGAAGGAGAACCCCAUGGAGAUGGAAAUCCUGAUCCUGGGCAUGCCCCGCACGGGCAUCAUCUCGCUGCGCACCGGUCUGGCCCAGCUGGGCUACAAGUGCUUCCACGGCCAGAUGAUGGACAAAUUCCCCGAGCUCUACCCGCUCUGGGAAGAGGCCCUCCGCGCCAAGUACCUCGACGAAGGUGAGCUCUUCGGCCGGGCCGAGUACGACAAGCUGCUGGGCGACUACAACGUGUCGUGCAACUUCCCGGGCACGCUCGUCGCCGCCGACCUCAUCGCGGCCUACCCCAACGCCAAGGUCAUCCUCACCAACCGCGACGUCGACGCCUGGCUGCGCUCCAUGCACCAGUCGGUCGACUCGGCCGUCACGUGGAAGAGCUUCGACUGGAUCGCACCGUUCGAUCCCGUCUACGGGCCCUGGUGGAAGUACCACAAGUUCCAGCACUUCCUGCGCCCGUUGCUAGCGCCCAAGGGCGAGCGCCAGGCCUUCAUCGACCACUACGAGGAAGUGCGUCGCCUUGUGCCCAAGGACCGCUUGCUCGAGUACAGAGUCUCGGAGGGCUGGGAGCCGCUGUGCGAGUUCCUCGGCAAGAAGGUUCCCGACGCCCCUUUCCCUCACGUCAACAAGACUAGCCAGUUCCUCGAGGGCCGCACCCGCCGCUGGUGGCACGCUAUCGGCUGCAUGAUGCAGAAGAUCCUGCCGCCUGUCGGUGUUGCGGCGGCUGGCGCUGCCUGGUGGUGGAGGGCAACCCGGGUGUGA